UUUGUGUAAGCUGUUGUUGAAUAAAUAAUAUUUUAAUGAGUUUAUUGGAGUGAAAAUAUAUAUUCUUCAAUAGUGUUUUGCAGAUGUAAAAUUGUGAAUAAUGAAGAGCUGUGUGAAGUAUAUGAUAUAAUUUGCAAGUGGAUUGCAGAAAUAGGAAUUAUGUUAUAUAUAUUCACGAAGUGAUAAAAAACGGAUUCAUAAUCAAUCAACUUGUGAAAACAUAAAAUUCCUGACAAAAAUAUAUUCUAUAAAGAAUUUAGUUCUUUUGAAAUGCUGUAAAAUGGUAUAGCUUUGUAUAAAUAAAGUUCACCUAAAUUGUGUUUUCAACGUAAUGAAUUUUAACAUGGCCAAAAUGGAAAUUGAUGAUGUGGUGGAUUUGAGUCUUAGCUCCAGUCGGGAUCCAUCACUUACUAUAACCUCAUCUACGAUUCGAGACGCUCGUUCUUUAACACAAAAUUCGACGACGUCACUCUCCAGCACUAAUUUAGCAAACAAUAAUGUAGAAUUAACAUUGCCCGAAGAAAAUAAAGUUCAACGCCGUGUUCUUAGACCACGGACCGAACCUAAGUCCUAUGCAGAGGCGCCAGAUAUUGUGUUAUUACCUGCACGUUUGAAUGGUCGCCAACAUAAUGGAAAUAUCGAUUCCGAAACAGAUGAUGAAGAUUCUGCAUUAUACGUUCCAAUCAAAGAGUUGUCUCCAGCUGAAAUCGAAGAACGCGAAAAGGGAUUGCGAAAACUUCGAGAAGACUUACGAAAUGAAGAAACAAAACUAGUGUUGCUUAAAAAGCUAAAACAAUCCCAACUUGUUAUGAAGGAAAAUUUGGCACUUACUCCCGCAGUAUCUUCCAGUAAUCCCCUAGCUAUAAUACCAAGUGCACUAACGUCCAAAGGCUCGUUGAGUGUAACUCCUACAAGUGUGGUGUCCGUUUCAACACACUCUAAAUGCAGAUCUAGUACAGUAAAUAUAAACACUACAAAUAGCCGCAAUACACCGUCUUCACCAUCUACAAUGUCAACAUCAUCGUCAUCGUUUAACCGCGUGAAUUCCUCUAUUCUUCCGCAUCCUCGUUCUUCUCUUCCAGGUGGAACAACGUUAACAACAGGAAAUUCACCUUCAUUGCACAGGGUUCAUUCCCGUUCGAAUCUUCCAAACCUUACUAUUACUCCUUCAGUUACAAUCACCCCAACUACAGCCCCACCAUCCGGAAUUAAACCACGCAAUAUUAAUAUAUCUGAGAGUUCGAAGUUGUCUGGAAUGAUUAAUAACGCAGUUUCAAUAACACCUUCUGCAACACACUUACAACAAAAUCAACAGCAACAAGAUUUAAAGAAUGACCGCAGUACUUCACGUGAGGAAGCAUUGACCCCAGUACAGCGGCAAGCAGCUGCAAAAUUAGCAUUACGGAAGCAGCUAGAAAAAACACUUUUACAAAUACCACCUCCAAAGCCACCCCCUCCAGAAAUGCACUUCAUUCCUAAUCCAAGUAACACUGAAUUUGUGUAUUUACUGGGCUUGGAAACAGUUGUGGAUUAUUUAACAACCAACAACAAAAAACAAAAUCCGAUGAUACCGCCUUUCCUUUGCGCACAGUGCAAAAUCGAUUUCACGCCAGUUUGGAAAUGGGAUAAACAAGCAAACAAAGAAACAAAAGUAAUUUGUGAGCAGUGUGUUACCACUAACGUUAAAAAGGCCUUGAAGGCAGAGCACACCAACAGACUAAAGCAAGCAUUCGUUAAAGCUCUUCAACAGGAACAAGAAAUUGAGCAACGAAUAACAAGUCAAGGAAGCACAUCGCCGAUAGAUUCGCAUAGUUCUACGAUAUCAGCAACUCAACCAUCAUUUCAGCAACAACAACAACAACAGCAACAACUUCCACUAAUACAGUUACAUCAGCAACAACAAACUACCCCUAGCGCUCUAGCCAAUUUGCCACCUUCCGUAACUGUCAUUCCAACCAAAUGUCAUACACCUACACCAAGUGUAGCAUCUCGACCGACACCGCCACCGUGUAUCCAACAAACGCCAACCCCUCCUCCAUCCAAUACACCCCGUUCGUCACGUAAUCAACAGAUGACAUCACAAUCAAACUCAAAUUCAUCAAACCAAAUGCAACAGCGUGAGCGAGAACAAGUUCAACAACAACAACAACAACAACAACAACAACAAUAUGAUAAGUAUACUAACGCAGCGCUGGCCGCUGCUGCUGCUCAAUUGAGUGCUCUUGGCAGUUUGCCUGGUUUAAAUAACCUUGCUGGGUUGGGUAAUAUUGGUCAAUUAAGUAACUUCCCAUCAUUAGGAGGAUUAGCGAACAUCUCGACUUCAACAGCUAAUCCUUCUACCAGUGGACUGGGUAAUGCGUCACCAGCAGCCCAAGCCGCUGCAUUUCAAGCGUUUCAGCAACAACUGCUCCGAGCUCUGGGUCAAGGAUUAGCCGCCAAUCCUCAGCACAUGAUGCAGUUUACACCACUGCUUUACUCGUAUCAAAUGGCAAUGGCUCAGGCUCAAGUUGCAGCUUAUACCAACAAGAAGAAUUCUUCUUCCACGUCGUCAAAGAAUCAAUCAUCUAAUUUGGCAGAUAUACAACGUGCUGCUGAGCUUCAGAGGCAAUACUUAAUGGAAAUGAUACCACAACCACAGGCCCCGGGAUCAAGUAACAAUCGUCAAAAUAAUUGGAAAACUUAAACUAUUAUUACAUAAUACUGGUUUUGUCUAUCAUGAUAACACAUUUUAUAAUGUUAUUAUGAAAAGGGAAUUUAAAAUGAAGCUGACUGUAAUCAUCGUUAAUUCGUCGAGUAUACGUUCACGAACUACUGACACGCGUGAAUUUAUAAAUCAUCGAAUAAGAGUUUACUUAAUAUUUAGUUUUUUUGUAUUGUAUAUGCCCACAUAUUUUAGUUGAAAGUAUGUAGUUUCUUCUAGGACUAUAUAAUGAUUUGAUUUUGUAAUGUUAAAUAGUUAUUGAUUUAAUUAAUAUUUAUUAAAAGAAUUGGAAGUAUAUUAGCAAAUACAAAAUUUGAUGAUAACAAUGAAAUUUAAAUAAAAGUUCGAAAGAAGCUCAAUACAUAACUACUAAAA